AUGGAGGUUGAUGCUCGCGUGACGAGCCCUACCCUCACAUUGGCGAACUUCUUGAAUAAGUCCGAUGCCUGCUAUGAGCGAGUCACAGCGCAGAAUUGGGCAAUUGUCGACUCACAUCUUCAUGCCCGACCUUUCGGUGGACCACCAGUUCCGUUUGCAGAUCUGCUGGGAAGGCUUCAGAGGGCUGGCAUUCUAUUUACCACUUUGUAUGGCAUUGGUCAGCGGCUGCCGAUUGACUCAACGUGCACUUAUUAUCUGGACUGCCCCGGGGUGAAGGUGGCAACAAGCUUGAAGAACGAUUUCUUCAACGCACAGAGCGUCCUGGACAACGCAGAGGAUCUCAAUGACAGCCCAGUUGGCCCUGUAAUCACGCUCUCUAUGUCUUUCUUGGACCUGCACGAUGUGGAUAGUAUAGUCGAUAAGAUGAAGCUACUACAGGCGGAGUUUCCGAAAAUGUUCAGUUGGGUUGGCGAGAUCAACUUGGUGAAGCAGGCCUUGUGGAACAACGACCAGGGGCUUCCAGUGCCCCUUGAAUCGAUCAAGUCUUGGGGGCCGUUUAUGGCAGAACUGAGGAAGCAAAACAUUCCACUGGCGUUGCACUCAGAUCUGGGAGAUGACGGAGAUGGUCAGAAGUUUCUGCCGUUGAUGGAUGAAGUGUUGAGCCGGUAUCCUCAGAAUAAGAUCAUUUGGAUGCACCUGGCAGGGCUGUCACGCCAACUUGAUCCGAAGCUGUCCAUGUCCCUCCUACAGAGGCCUACCUCCAUUGAAGAGCAUGUGCAACUCAUUUCCUCCAGGCUGAAGAAGUACCCAAAUCUCAUGAUCGACCUCUCCUGGGACGUCUUGUAUGAUGAAAUCUAUUCGUCAUCAGACGAAGAGAGACCUUACAUCAAGCUUCUCAACAGCUUUCCGACCCGUUUUCUCAGCGGAUCGGACCAUGUAGCUUCAGCUGAGAAGACGGAGGAGAUGUAUCGAAGUGAGAUCAACAAAACCAGCGAAAUCUAUCGCCACUUGAGUGAUGAUGCUUUCCGCCGCAUUGCGCUCGGCCAAAACUUUUUUGAUUUUGCAGGACUUCAGUACCAUGCCCCGGAAAUAUGCAAGAGCUCCAGCCAGGGAAAGGCAGUGCCGCCAGAAGCUCCUCCAGAAAAUGACGAGCAGGCCCAUUCAUUCACGGACGAAGUCAAGGCCAAAAAGGCGAAAGCCGCAGCAAAGCGAUCACGAAAGAACAAGGAGAAGCUUGCCGAAAAAAAGCGAGAAAGGAAGCAGCAGGUUGAAGAGGCACCGGCUGGAUCGUUACUGGAGCAAAAGGCAUCUGCUGGACGGUUGCUGCAGACGUCGGCGCCCCUGUCUUUGUUCAAUUUCAUGGGCUACUCCUCCACCUGCUAUGACCGCACCGCGACUGAUCAAUGGCCCGUUGUUGAUGCUCAUCUUCAUGCGCGACCCUUCGGUGGUCCCCCUGUGCCGUUUGACCAGUUAAUUGAGAGGUUGCGGCGAGCAGGCAUUCUGUUUGCAAACCUUUAUGGAAUCGGACAGCGCCUGCCAAUUUCCUCCAAUUGCACCUAUUAUUUGGACUGUCCGGGCACACCAAUCCGCCCGAGUCUAAAAAAUGAUUUCUUCAAUGCUCAGAGUAUUCUGGACAGGAACGAAACGCUUUCGACUAGCCCAGUCGGACCUGUGCUGAUACCAUCCAUGUCGUUCUUCGACUUGCAUGCUGAUGCCCAAGACAAUCUGAAGAAGAUGAAGCUUCUCCAGCAGGAGUUCCCCGGGAUGUUCAGAUGGGUGGGGGAGAUAAACGUUGUGAAGCAAGCGCUCUGGAAAAACGACCAAGGUCUUCCAGUUGAAGUACGCUCAAUAAAGUCCUGGGCUCCAUUCAUGGAUGAGCUGCGUGAGCAAGACAUGCCCAUUGCUCUGCACAGCGAUUUAGGGAACCAAUUGGAGGGAGUGAGGUUCUUGAAUUUGAUGGACGAGAUACUCCGUCUGUAUCCGGACAACAAGAUCGUCUGGGUCCACAUGGCGGGAUUGUCCAAACAGCUUGAUCCCAAGCUUGCUUUGAUCCAGAUGCCGCUGGCGGCCCCUCUGACAAUUCAAAGACACGUUCAGAUCAUAAAAGACCGCUUGGACGAGCAUCCCAACCUUUACAUCGACUUGUCGUGGGACGUGCUUUACGACGAGAUAUACGACAACAGUUCCGAGGAGCGCCGGUAUAUCGACUUGCUCAAUGAAUACCCCACACGGUUUCUCAGCGGCACCGAUCAUGUGGCCGCAGCAUCAAAGCCUGAAGCUGCGUAUCGAGAUGAGCUUGCCAAGACGAGUGUUAUCUACCGGGAGCUUUCCGACGAGGCUUUCAGGAACAUUGCUCUUGGAGGAAACUUCUUCCGAUUAGCACACUUGGAGUAUCGACCGCCUCCUCUAUGCAGCAGAGGCCUGGCAGCGAGCCUGGUACCUGGAUUGCUUGCAGCCCUUAUCUUCGCUGCUGCGUUGCCAUGA